GCGCCCCGCUCCCGCCAGAAUGGCAUUCAUCUGCAUUUAUCCAGCAUAUUUGAAUAACAAGAAGACAAUAGCAGAAGGAAGGAGGAUACCUAUAGACAAAGCUGUUGAAAAUCCCACCUCUGUGGAAAUCCAAGAUGUAUGUGCAGCAGUUGGAUUCAACGUGCUAUUAGAGAAAAAUAAGAUGUAUCCUAGAGAAUGGAACAGAGAUGUGCAGUACAGAGGUAGAGUACGAAUCCAGCUCAAACAAGAUGAUGGUAAUCCAUGUUUACCUCAGUUUCCAACACGUAAAUCGGUGAUGCUGUAUGCUGCAGAAACCAUUCCCAAACUGAAAACAAGGACCCAAAAGAUGGGAGGUAGUGAGCAAAGCCUUCAGCAAGGAGAAGGGAGCAAGAAAGGUAAAGGAAAGAAAAAGAAAUGACUUCACGUCUGGAAUAAUCAUUACAUCAAAUAGUUGUACAUAGGAAAAAUGCGGAUGGACACAUUAUUUGCUGCAACUUUGAAGUGAAAGAUAGAAGCAAGAAAUAACCAAGUAAAGCUGAAUAGAACUGCCUGCUUUUCCAGAACUGGAAUGCAUGUAGCUGCCUCGCAUAUGUGUAACAUUAAAUUUGUCUUCACACGCAGUCUGCAAGUUGAAGCUAGCAUCCACUUGUACAAGUGGAAUAAUAUAGGCAAAUGGGGUGGGUGGGUGGAGAAAUUGUUCUUUCCAGAAGAACUAAGCAGCUUUUGCUAAAUAAAUAUUCUUAUGCAGACUAGCUAUCUGAAAACUGGUUGCCUUAGUAAACCAUUUAUCUAUGCUCGUGAAGUGAUUGUCUCAAUUCUAGAGCAUGUCAGUUAUAGGAAAAUGUAAAUCUGUGAAGUUAUUGCUCUGAGAACUUCCCUUGCUAAUAAUUUUUCAUAAUUGUCAAGUGUACUAAUGAAGGUGACAUGUUAAUUUUUGAAAAUAUAAUUUUAUAGGAUACUUUUUCCAAAAGUGUUUAAUUUUUCCUGCACAGUCUGUUGUAAAGAAGUCAGUGAUAUGACUGUAUGGAUAAUAAGGUAAAGUUUUAAGAUUAUGUGGGAAAAAAAAAAAAAGCUCCCUUUUGUGUCUUGUAUAAUAUGCAAUACGAUAUUAUCCUAUUUUGGGUAGUUGUUUGAGAGUUUAGGAAACGUAGCUUUAUUUUCUACCUGUCAAAUACUAUUUCAGAUGUGUGAGGCUUGCAAUAUCUGGUAACAAUAUAUAUUUUUUAUGUAGUCCACAGACAUGGACAGAAAGUUAUUUGA